CGCGAGACCCGCCGCAUCCGGCCGGGCUGGCUCCGGGUGCCUGCCUCCCCUCCUCCGCCCGGUCUCGGCCCGCGGGCCGGCGCAGGUGCAAGGGCCGCUUCCCCUGCCCUCUCCCGUCCCCGCGCGUUUCCAGGCGGCCGCCAUGGCGCGAGGAGCCGCCCCACGGGACAGCUACCACCUGGUCGGCAUCAGCUUCUUUAUCCUGGGGCUGGGCACCCUUCUUCCAUGGAACUUCUUCAUCACCGCCAUCCCGUACUUCCAAGGGCGGCUGGCGGGGGUCAACGCCACAGCCAGGACCCUGGGCACCAAUAGCACAAGCCCCCCCACUGACGCCUUCAACUUCAACAACUGGGUGACCCUGCUGUCACAGCUGCCCCUGCUGCUCUUCACCCUCCUCAACUCCUUCCUGUACCAGUGCAUCCCCGAGGCUGUGCGGAUUCUGGGCAGCCUGCUGGCCAUACUACUACUUUUUGCACUGACGGCAGCAUUGGUCAAGGUGGACGUGAGUCCUGGGCCUUUCUUCUCCAUCACCAUGGCCUCCGUCUGGUUCAUCAACUCCUUCUGUGCCAUCCUGCAGGGCAGUCUCUUCGGGCAGCUGGGCACCAUGCCUUCCACCUACAGCACCCUCUUCCUCAGCGGCCAGGGCCUGGCAGGCAUCUUUGCUGCCCUUGCCAUGGUGCUGUCCAUGGCCAGUGGUGUGGACGCCCAGACCUCCGCCCUGGGGUAUUUCAUCACGCCCUGUGUGGGCAUCCUCCUGUCCAUUGUGUGUUACCUGAGCUUGUCCCACCUGGAGUUUGCCCACUACUACCUGGCCAAGAAGCCCUCGCAGGCCCCAACCCAAGAGCUGGAGACCAGAGCUGAGCUCCUACAGGCUGAUGACAAGAAUGGGAUUCCCAACAGCCCCAAGAAGGCAACCCUGACACUGGACCUGGACCCCGAAAAGGAGCCAGAGCAGGUGCCCGUGGAGGCCCAGCAGGCAGAGAAGCCCUCAGUCUUCACUGUCUUCCGGAAGAUCUGGCUGACGGCGCUGUGCCUUGUGUUGGUCUUCACAGUCACCCUGUCGGUCUUCCCCGCCAUCACAGCCAUGGUGACCAGCUCCACCAGCCCUGGGAAGUGGAGCCAGUUCUUCAACCCCAUUUGCUGCUUCCUUCUCUUCAACGUCAUGGACUGGCUGGGACGGAGCCUGACCUCCUACUUCCUCUGGCCGGUGGAGGACAGCCGGCUGCUGCCCCUGCUGGUCUGCCUGCGCUUCCUGUUUGUACCACUCUUCAUGCUGUGCCACGUGCCCCAGCGCUCGCGGCUGCCCGUCCUCUUCCCACAGGAUGCUUACUUCAUCACCUUCAUGCUGCUCUUUGCCGUUUCCAACGGCUACCUGGUGUCCCUCACCAUGUGCCUGGCGCCCAGGCAGGUGCUGCCACAUGAGAGGGAGGUGGCCGGUGCCCUCAUGACCUUCUUCCUGGCGCUGGGACUUUCCUGUGGGGCCUCUCUCUCCUUCCUCUUCAAGGCCCUGCUCUGAAGUAACCCACUACACCUAGAGCCAAGAGACCCAGCCCCGCCCCCGUGGGGAACGACAAGCCAGGCAUUCCCACCGGUGACCACUUGGGGGUGCUGUGAGGAUGGAGCGGCCUCAGGUCACCCAGGGACCAGGACCCAUCUAAACGGCGAUGAGCAGGAAAAAGAAGGCACGGCCUGGGCACCGUCCACCAUCAGGACUCCUCGGAGUCAGAGGAGGGGCCAGCCCAGGCCAGGGGCUCCUGCUUAAGUCACCACCACACCAGGACAAAAGAUGCCGGGACACUCGAGGGGAGAGAGGAAGAGGAACAGGUCCAAGAGUCUCAGGGUACUUGCAGGACCUGGCUCAGCACCUCCGCCUGCAUGUUGCCAAUGCUGGCGCUGCUCACAGCCCAAGCCUGGCGGGCCUGGCUCCGGGGAGCAGCAGUCGGCCUGCCCAUGGGUACCUCACCUUGCAGUCGGCCAACGUCUGCCACACCUGUGUUCUAUGGGGGGCCUUCCUCCAGCCCUUGGACAAAGCAGUCAGGACAUGCAGGAGGUCGGGUCUCCAGGGAAGGAUUGCGACGCCUCCAGCUCCCUCCUCCAACGGGUGUUGUGCCACCUGCCCACUGUCUGCCUUGGGGGCCUCAGGGCACAGGCCCCACACACCAGCCCCACCUCUCUGCUCUGUUUACCCUCCUUCCUGGGUCUGUUAACAGUUCCGUUCAUUUGUACAAUGAGUUUCCUGACUUAUUUUUGCCGAAGUGGUGUCAGCCUCCGAGGUGGGAAUGGUUGUAACCACUUGACAGAUGGGAUGGCUGAGGCCCUAAGACGGACAGGGAUUGGUAGGAGGAGCUGAGGGGAGCUGCGUGGCACCUCAUUCCUG